AUGCUGCUCUCUCAAACGCAGGCUGGUCACCGGGAGAAGCAGCAGUGUGCGCAGUCUACAGGACUGAUCUCGGCUCUGCAGCGCCCCGCACUGCUUUACAACCUCUGCUCUGUCAGUGUAACCUUCCGCCUGCGAGACGAUUCCUGGUAUUAUCCGGCAUCAUUCCGGCGUAGAAUGCCAGCCCCGAUCAGACUGCGGGAGCUGAUCCGGACAAUCCGGACAGCACGAACCCAGGCAGAGGAGCGAGAGAUGAUCCAGAAAGAGUGUGCUGCUAUCCGCUCAUCUUUCCGAGAAGAAGAUAAUACCUAUCGUUGCAGAAAUGUUGCAAAGCUACUCUAUAUGCACAUGUUGGGCUACCCAGCACACUUCGGACAGCUGGAGUGCCUAAAGCUGAUUGCGUCCCAGAAGUUCACAGACAAACGAAUUGGUUAUUUAGGUGCUAUGCUGCUGUUGGACGAGAGGCAGGAUGUUCAUCUACUAAUGACAAAUUGCAUAAAAAAUGACCUAAAUCACAGCACCCAGUAUGUCCAGGGUCUGGCUUUGUGCACAUUGGGCUGCAUGGGCUCAUCAGAGAUGUGUCGCGACUUGGCUGGCGAAGUGGAGAAGCUGCUAAAAACAUCCAACUCGUACUUGAGAAAAAAGGCGGCCUUGUGUGCAGUUCAUGUCAUCAGAAAAGUUCCAGAACUUAUGGAAAUGUUCCUUCCAGCUACAAAAAACCUGCUCAGCGAGAAGAACCAUGGUGUUCUUCACACAUCGGUUGUUCUCCUCACUGAGAUGUGUGAGAGAAGUCCAGAUAUGUUGGCCCACUUCCGAAAGCUGGUUCCACAAUUGGUGCGGAUCCUGAAGAAUCUAAUCAUGUCUGGGUAUUCACCUGAGCAUGAUGUGUCCGGCAUAAGUGACCCUUUCCUCCAGGUGCGGAUAUUAAGACUUCUACGAAUUUUGGGAAAAAGUGACGAUGACUCGAGUGAAGCAAUGAAUGACAUUCUUGCACAAGUUGCAACAAAUACAGAGACGAGUAAAAAUGUUGGCAACGCCAUUCUAUAUGAGACUGUAUUGACCAUAAUGGACAUAAAGUCUGAAAGUGGACUUCGGGUCUUGGCCAUUAAUAUUUUAGGUCGUUUCCUUUUAAAUAAUGACAAAAAUAUAAGGUAUGUGGCCUUGACAUCGCUACUGAAGACUGUACAGACAGACCAUAAUGCCGUGCAGAGGCAUCGGAGCACCAUUGUGGACUGUUUGAAAGACCUAGAUGUCUCAAUUAAGAGACGUGCAAUGGAACUCAGCUUCGCUCUUGUCAAUGGUAACAACAUCAGAGGAAUGAUGAAGGAACUGCUGUACUUUUUGGAUUCAUGUGACCCAGAAUUCAAAGCCGACUGUGCAUCAGGAGUCUUUUUAGCUGCAGAAAAAUAUGCCCCUUCCAAACGAUGGCACAUAGACACAAUUAUGCGGGUUCUGACCACAGCUGGGAGCUAUGUCCGAGAUGACUCUGUUCCUAACCUCAUCCAGCUGAUCACCAACAGUGUGGAGAUGCAUGCUUACACAGUCCAGAGACUCUAUAAGGCCCUGCUGGAUGACAUUUCUCAACAACCUCUAGUGCAGGUGGCAUCGUGGUGCACCGGUGAAUAUGGGGACCUGCUUGUAUCUGGACAAUGUGAGGAGGAGGAGCCCAUCCAGGUGACUGAAGAUGAAGUUCUGGAUGUGCUGGAAGGACUUCUUGUGUCUAAUCUGUCAACUCCUGUAACGCGAGGCUAUGCGCUCACCGCCAUCAUGAAGCUCUCCACACGCUUCAACAGUGUAAACCGAAUUAAGAAGGUGGUUUCAAUAUAUGGGAGUAGCAUUGAUGUGGAGCUGCAACAGAGAGCUGUGGAAUAUAAUGCACUUUUCAAAAAAUAUGACCACAUGAGGCCAGCUUUAUUAGAACGCAUGCCCAUCAUGGAGAAAACCUCCACAAAUGGCCCAACAGAGAUUGUACAAACUAAUGGAGAGUCGGAGCCCUCUGUUGUAGAGCCUAAACAUCUACCCCCAGUUAGCCAGCCGUCCAACCAGGCAAACGAUUUAUUAGAUUUGCUUGGUGGUAACGACGUUCCAGUAAUUCAGACAACACUACCAACUAAACCAGCUUCAGCAGGUGGAGAGCUUCUUGACCUGCUUGGUGAUCUCUCUCUAAGCAGCAAUUCAGUGCCUCCUGCUCCCUCUCUCCCAGUUGCCCAGCCUCCUUUCCUUCUAGAUGGCCUUUCCUCACCGCCUCUUUUUAAUGACAUUGCUGCUGCAGGUAUUCCCUCCAUGACGGCAUACAACAAGAAUGGUUUGAAGAUAGACUUCACAUUUGAGAGGGCUAACCCCAAUCCAAACAUUGCCGUCAUCACCAUUCAUGCUUCCAACACGACAGAAGCAGAAAUGACUGACUUUGUGUUUCAAGCUGCUGUACCAAAGACGUUUCAGCUGCAGCUCCUUUCACCAAGUAGUAAUGUUGUUCCGGCAUUAAACCAGGGAACCGUAACACAGGUCAUCAGAGUCCUCAAUCCACAGAAGCAACACCUACGAAUGAGGAUCAAGUUAACCUACACCCACAAAGGCUCACCUGUGCAAGACCUGGCAGAGACUGCUGCCCUCAAGUUGCAUGGGAAUCAGCAGAGCAUCUAA